AUGUCAACCGGUGGCUCCAACGCCAACGAUCCUUUCGCCGGUGGCUCUGCACUCACACCUACCUCCCCCGUUAAGCCAUCCCUUACAGGAACCGGUGGUUCAAGCUUUAAGCCCUUUAUACCAUCAUCCUCAUUUGGUAGAGGCUUGACGCAACAGCCUACUGGUGGUUCAGCUGGUUCUGGCCAGAGGCUUCCAGCACCUUCUGCAUCCGAGGACUUGUUGUCAGAUAACGAUGAGGCUAGCAAGAACAUCUCAGGGGAAACCACAGAGCUUGCAAACCUUUCUAACCAGAUCUCAUCUCUGUCCAAGCAGACCCAAGAUGUGCAGGCCAAGAGGAAUACCACUCAGAAUGAACUAAACCAGGCCACGUCUCAGAAGCAGAACUUCGAGCAGCGACUGGCCCAACUGCGCACCCUUUAUGAGAAGGAGGCGCAAGAUACUCGUGCCCUUGAGGAGCAACUCAGCAAUGCACGGAAGGAGACUGCCAAACUUCAGUCUGAAUGCAUGGCGCUUGAAGGAACUUACCGUGAUGCUCAGACGCAGCAUCAGCAAGUAUUGGCAGCUCUCCAAGCGGACCAACAAGAAAACACCAGCCUCCGAGAACGGAUUCGUGUAGUCAAUGGCGAGAUUGCGCAGCUCAAGCCUCAGAUUGAAAAGCUAAAGUCUGAUGCUCGCCAACAGAAGGGACUGGUCGCCAUCAACAAGAAACAGCUGUCCACUACAGAGGGCGAGCGCGAUAAGCUAAAGGGAGAGGCGGAGGAGCUCACCAAGAGCCUUGAGGAUGUUCGGCUGGCAAACACUGGCUCGCCAGCAUCUGCUUCGGCUCAAAUUGCAAGCCCAGCUGCAUCGACCUCCAGCGCCAACAACCCCUUCUUCCGCCGCACUGCAAGCACUGAUAUUAUGGGUGCAUUUGCUUCUCCUCCUCCCACUAAGAAUGUCUCUGAUAAGUCUUUUGACGACCUCUUUGGCCCCUCGUUUCCACCCAGCGCCUCGGCCACUCCUCCGCCACCUCCACAGACCUCUUUCAAGCCCCAGCAUACCGGUGCCUCGACCGCCAGUGCUGGUUCAUACAGCACCCCUCCUGCCGCCAGCUCUCCUAUCAUGAGCCGUCAAGCAACCCUUGCUGCUGAGCCCCCUGCUCCCCCGGAGUCGAGGCAGAUCAGUUCCAGCUUCUUGCCUUUCCCUGACCAUACUGAGUCACUCUCAUCCUCUCGCCAAGUGUCGCCCCCUGCUUCGCGUGCUGAUGACCCCCUUCAUGGUUCAGCUACUCCUGUUCCCGGUGACCUGAAGGCCUCUGACAGCCCUGCCGGUGUUCCUGGUGCUUUCCCUGGCGACGAGCUUGACAAGUCCGAAGUCAAGGACGCGGCCUCUGCCUCUGCCUCUGACGAUACUACCCGUGAAGCUGUUAAGGACGAAGCACCAAAAGCGACCGAGUCUGCAGAUCCAUUUGGUGGUAAUGAUGAGGCCAAGGCCAAGGCCGACUUCGAGAAUGCAUUUGCUGCCUUCACCACUGCUAAGAACCAUAGCAAGCCUUCCCCUGAGGCGAAUAAGUUAUCUGCCUUUGAUUCGGAGUUCCCUCCCAUUUCAGAGCUUGAGCGUGAUGAUGAGGAGGAGUCUGACUCAAGUAGUGACAACGGAGGUUUUGAUGAUAACUUCACGCCUGCAUCACCGCCCGCCAAGCCCUUUGGCGAGAAGGCAAAAGCAGUAGAGUCACCAGAAGCUACUCACGCAGUUCCUGCCAGCACUUCACCGCAGCCAGCCCAGGGAGCCACCCCUCCAUCAGAAGCCAUGGCCCCUAGUAUCGAACAGCCUUCGUCUCCCGCAACCGUGACUGAAGCCACUGCUCAACAGUCUUCGGUUGAUGAUAUCUUUGGCGCGGCAGCAACCGGGACUGCCCCUGCUUCGCAACAGCCUGCCCCCUCUAACCCCCCUCAGACCAAGGGUGGAUUUGACGACUUGGACAGUGACUUUGAAGGCCUAGAGGAUGCUAAGGAAGGCUCUGCUGAUGAGGAUUUUGCCAACAUCUCUCGUUCCGGACUGGACGACUUCAACCCCGUUUUUGAUAGCAGCCCACCCGGAAGCCAGACCAAGACGGAGUCCACUGCGUUCGGCAACGAGAGCUUCGACUUCAUCUCCCACAGCUCAACUGGCGCUGCUCAGCCUGCUGUGGGAACCAACCAGCAGAAGGCUCCCGAGGCCCAUGACUGGGAUGCUAUCUUCUCUGGUCUCGACUCCCCUAGCGCAACUGCUGCCCAGCCUGCUUCUGCUGAGAAACCAGCGGGCGCUGAGUCCCAUCCUGGUCAGCAGGCUCUGAACCGCACUUUGUCAACUGAAUCCGAGCAUGAUGACCCAAUCCUGAAGAGCCUUACAAGCAUGGGCUAUAAGCGACAUGAAGCUUUAGAUGCUCUCGAGAAAUAUGAUUACGAUCUUGACAAGGCGGCGAACUUUCUGGCUAGUCGCUCAUAA